AUGAAAGGCGCCGGGGAACGGAGCUCGGUGGCGGUUCGAUUUGCGGUAACAGCACGGUCUUGUGUUGAUGUGGAGCAGGUUUUGUUGUUUAUGGUGAAACGACGAGGUCCCAUCCCAGGAAUUGGCAAGAUGGAGAAUGAGGCACAUAGCAUCUCAUCUUAUAUAGGAAUAGAUGUGAAUGAGAAGAUGGGUGAGGCACUUGAGUCAAGUGAGAACAUCCCACUGUUGCUCACGGAACCUCCUAGUCCUCUCAAAAGGACAGGGACGGUGUGGACAGCAGUGGCACACAUAGUGACUGGGGUCAUAGGAUCGGGAGUGCUGUCUCUGCCAUGGAGCACUGCACAGCUUGGUUGGCUUGCUGGCCCAUUCUCAAUCAUUCUUAUUGCUUCCAUCACUCUCUUCUCUUCUUUCCUUCUAUGCAACACUUAUCGCCAUCCCCACCCUGAGCUAGGUCCAAACAGGAGUGCUUCCUACCUUGAUGUGGUCCAUUUGCAUUUAGGAAUAAGUAAUGGGCGGCUCAGCGGCCUUCUUGUGAAUAUAAGUUUGUAUGGUUUUGCAAUUGCCUUCGUCAUUACAACAGCUAUCAGCUUAAGAACAAUCCAAAAUUCAUUUUGUUACCACAACGGAGGGAGUGAAGCAACCUGUGAAUCUGUAGAUGCAUAUUAUAUGCUGCUUUUUGGGGCUAUCCAAAUUGUGCUCUCACAGAUACCCAACUUUCAUAACAUCGAAUGGUUGUCGGUUGUUGCUGCAAUUAUGUCCUUUACUUAUUCUUUCAUAGGAAUGGGGCUUUCCAUUGCACAAAUCAUAGAAAAAGGACAUGCUGAGGGUAGCAUUGGAGGAAUCAGUACCUCCAGUGGAACUGAGAAGUUAUGGCUGGUUUCUCAAGCUCUUGGUGACAUAUCAUUCUCGUUUCCAUUCUCUACAAUUAUUAUGGAAAUACAGGAUACUUUGAAAGCACCUCCACCAGAAAACCAAACCAUGAAGAAGGCCUCAGUAAUUGCAGUCACUGUCACAACAUUUAUGUACCUCAGUUGUGGAGGUGCAGGCUAUGCUGCCUUUGGUGAUAAUACACCAGGAAACCUUUUAACAGGGUUUGAAUCCUCUAAGUCUUUCUGGCUUGUGAACUUUGCUAACGUUUGUAUAGUUGUUCACCUUGUUGGUUCAUAUCAGGUGUAUUGCCAGCCACUUUUUGCCACUGUUGAGACUUGGUUCCGUUUUAAUUUCCCGGAUAGUGAAUUUGUGAAUCACACAUAUGUCUUGAAACUCCCGUUGCUACCAGCCUUUGAACUUAAUUUUCUCAGCCUGUCUUUCAGAACUGCUUAUGUUGCAUCAACAACUGUGAUUGCAAUGGUCUUUCCCUACUUCAACCAGAUUUUGGGGGUUCUGGGUAGCAUAAUUUUUUGGCCAUUGACCAUAUAUUUUCCGGUGGAAAUAUAUUUGAGUCAGUCCAGUACUGUAGCGUGGACGACUAAGUGGGUCCUGCUUCGGACUUUCAGCAUUUUUGGCUUUGUUUUUGGAUUGUUCACUCUCACUGGAUGUAUUAAAGGAAUAGUAACUCAAAAAAUUGGCUGA